AUGGAAGACAAUAAUGCGCAGGAGGAGGUGUCACCAUUGGCUGGGCAGUCUGUAGGUGGUUGGGGUCUUCUUCAGAUCGCAGGAUGCACAGGGCUUGCUGCUUACUCUGUUUGGGCCUUCAUUCUGAUGCCUGGCUUCAGGAGGGUGCCAUUAAAAUUACAGGUAAAUCCCACACUCUAAUUCACAUGGUUUCUUGACAAUCAGACUGGCAUACAAUAUAUACCAAUAUAAUUCCUCUCUAAUGCACAGGUCCCUUAUAUGCCAGCCAGUACCAAACAAGUGGCACAUGUCAUGACUUUGCUCAAAGGACGAUCUGGGAAGAUGGUGGACCUAGGUUCAGGGGACGGCAGAAUUGUAAGGCAAUAAACAAAGUCAUAACUGCUACUCAAAUUAACUGUCAUGAAACCAAAUCACUUUCCGCAUGGUGUUUGUGUAUGUUUUAUCUUAUUCUUUCACACACAAGCUUUAACUGAUAAUCCCUCAUUCCUCUGUCCAGUGCCACUUCUAACCGCUUCAGUGAUCAGUGCAUGUCCAGCCAGUCCUGUGCUCAGUACCACGUCUUCUAUUUAUAUGUGCCACAUUCACUCGCUCCUGUAUAUUGUGAUACAUCCUGAGGCUUCAUUAAUCAAUACCACCUCCUGCCAGUCCUGUGUUCCGUGCCCUGUCCUGCUGCUCCAAUCAGUGCCAUGUCCUCUCCUCCCUGUAUCUAGUGCCACGUCCUGCUAGUUCAGUAAUAAGUUCCAUAUCCUUUCAUUACCGUAUUUAGUGCCUCCUCCACCUGCUUCAGAAAUCGGUGCCACGUUCUGCCACUCCAGUAAGUGGAGUUUUAUUUUUUCACUGAAGAUGCGAGUGCCAAGCCGUACCUCUGCAGUAAUCAUGCCACAUGCGGCCGUCCAGUAAGUCUCUGCCAUGACUUCAAGCCAUGCCCUGGUGCGGAGAUGUAGGUAAAUUAAUAUAAGAAUAAUCUAUCCUGCCCUGUAUAUUAAUAGGUAGCAUUCAGUAGUAGUAGUGGAAUAUUUUCUAUUUUAUGUAGCAGAAUUAGUAGCAAUAUCCUUUUUGCACUUAAUACAAUUUAGUAUUUUGGUUGGCUUUAUCAGAUAAUUUGGAGAACACUAGAACAUUCAUAUUUUGGUUCCACUCGUAGCAGUAAGUCCUUUGUCAUGUAUUAAUUAUUUUGCAGGUGUUGGAGGCAGCCAAGAGCGGAUUUAGUCCUGCGAUCGGCUACGAACUUAACCCUUGGUUAGUACGUCUCUCUUACUUCAAUGCUUGGAGGGUCAGCUACCACAGAAGGGUGUCCUACCGAAGAGAAGAUCUAUGGAAGGUAGGUCUAUGGGUAUCACCUUUCUUAAUAACACACCAGAAUUUAUAACUCUUUAUUGUAAAUACUGUUUUGUUUUUUAUUCCAUUUGUAGGUGAAAUUAAAUGACUGUCAAAAUAUCUCUUUAUUUCUGGCUCCAAGCGUGGUAAGAAACUAUUAUUAUACCUGAAGGAUUAUAUGGUACAAGCCAAUAGUAUUAUUAUUUGUUUAUAUAUUAUCAACAUAAUCUGUAGUGUCAUACAAUAGUAAAGGGGAAGCAGUAUGUUCUAUGUCACUCUGGCAGAGUCCAAUACUGUGUUAUAUUCACCAUGGAAUAUGAUAAAGGUUGCCAGAUCCACCAUAUUUUCCUGGGCCCAUAUUAUUAGUUCAUGUUGAUGUGCAGUGCAUGAAAGGUGCUUCCCUGUGGUAUGUAGCAUUCAUAGACUCAAAGAUAAAUAAGUUAAUGAUUUCUACAUACUGCGGGGCAACAGUUUUCAUGUACUGCCCAUCAGGAUGUGAUGUACAUGUAGAGGAAGAAAGUGUGGACCUGGCAACCCUAGAAAUGGGAGAAGUCAUAUAUUUUACAUCCAGUUAUUUUUUCUCAGCUCUCCCUGCUGGAGACUAAGCUUUUCUCAGAGCUUCCUGAUGGUGCUCGUGUGGUGGCUGGUCGCUUUCCCCUACCAACAUGGCCUCCCAGCACAGUCGUUGGAGAAGGAGUCGACAGAGCCUGGGCCUAUGACAUCAAAGCUGUACGUCAAGUCCAAUCGCCCAAACAACAUGACACUCCAGUCUGAAUCUUUUUAUCGGUGGAAAGACUCAUGGGAAACACGCCGAUCUUACAACCUCCUGUUUUAUUUCAUGCAGGUAGAUUGUACCUUGUUACUUCAGUAAAAAAAAAAAAAAAAGGCAACUAAUCAAUGCAGAAUUUUAGAGAGGUCACGUAUAUGGAUUAUAUUUUAUGUUUACCUUUUUUUUAUGUAUUUAUUUUUUUAAUCUGG